UGUUGCACCUUCACUUGACAUCCAUCUACAAACCCACGAGAGACGUUUGCCUUUCAAGCAGCAGGUGUAGUCUCAUCAUCAUCAACACAUUUCACAGUAACAAGGAGAAGAUCAACCAGUUAUCGAUGUCGGAGAAUGUGGUUUCUUCAGUUACUCAGAUUCCAAGUAUCGCGGAAGGAGUAAUUCAAACACAGUCUCAAUCGGUUCAAUCAACUGCAAGAAACGAACCAGUUCAAUCACAAUCUCAACCCAACUCUUCGGUUCAACCAACUAGAAGAUUGAAGAGGGAUAGAUCAUCGAAACAUGUAACUCUAUCCGUCGAUGAAACAGGAAGAGAGAUACUCACAUGUAAUUUUUGUCAAAAUGUUAUUCAUGUUGGGGGUGAGAUGGCAUCAUGUGAAAAAGUGACUUCAAAUGCUUGUUUUACUAUCCCGGAGGAAGAGGAGGAAGAAGAAGAAGAGGAAGCGGAAACAGCAGUGCGAAACGUCAAAGCACGACUUGUUCAAGAGAGAGAAGAAAGCCGCAAAGAAGCAUUAGAUGCAUUAGAUGAUAUAAACGAAGCAUUAGAUGAUAUAAACGAAUGUCUCGCCCCGACAGAAAAGCUUCUACUGGGAGUUAUGAAAGAUCUAGUCAAAUUGGUUUUUUCAGGUGUCAAAUCCUAUUCCAAGAGCAAAUGAUCAAACGACAGUCGAUGUGGUUUAUGUCUAUGUCUAUUAUGGUAUGUAGUUUAACGUUAAGUCUUUCGUAAGCUUCAUGAACUUAUGAUGGUCAGCUAUGUGUGUUGUUUUUAUGUAAUGCAUUAGGAAUAUUUGCAGUUUGCAUUAUUCCACAUUUUGGUUGAAUUGCAUUGGGCAUUUUGUA